AUCGACAGCAGACAUGAGGAUCACAGUCAGGGAGUCGCUGAUUUCCAAAAUGUCGAGAAAACUGUGUGACUGUUGGGCUCUUCCUGUCCUCUGCUGCAUCCUGGUGCUUGGAGUGCCAGUGUGCAGCAGUCCACAGUUCCCGUCAGCACGCAUGCGCAGAGCCUCGUCCCAGGUCACCUACGAAGUGGAUACGCUGGUCGUUGUGGACAGAGAGUUCUAUACCAAAUGGGUGAGCAGUCAUGGUGGGCUGACUUUGAGCACGGAGAGCGACAUCAAAGAGUACGUCUCUCUCAUGGUCAGACAGGCAAAUGUGCGAUUAUCCAACCUUCAGGACAGGUUGAAUUACAAUGUGGCAAUCAACGUAGUGGCGUUUCAAAUCAACGUGAAUGUGCUGGCCGGCAUACAGCCAAACAUUGUCACUCGUUCUGUCUCGGCCGAGGACGCCCUCAAUUCCUUUUUUGUGUGGGUGUCGGGGAACUCGCUGAGUGGGACGUAUGAUCAUUUCAUACUGCUUACAGGGUUUCAACUACGGGAUGAAUAUGAAAGCCACCAGUUGGUUUCAGGCCGGGCGUAUGUCGGCACUCUGUGUAACCCGAGCGGGCGCAGUCUGUCUGUGGUUCACGACCUGGGAGGUCUACAGGGCGCUCAUACCAUGGCGCACGAGCUUGCCCAUUG